AUGAAGAAUCUUCUGAUCGUCUCCGUUCUCAUUGUUGGAGCUCUUUGUCAUGGUUUCUUGGGAGAUGAUGGCCAAGUGUGCUCUGACGCAAAUGACUGCGUGUCUCGUUUCUGUUUCAAUGGAAAAUGUGUGACGCCACCUCGUCGUAGUUACACCGGAAUCGUAGGACACUCGGCCAUGCCAGCUUGUGGAGGAAGAUGUUCAUUGGGAGAGUUAUGUGCUCACGGAGAAUGUGUUUCGUCAUCAAGCAUCCCGAUCCGUCGUUUUUCUUCUGCGAAACCAAAGCUCUGCAGCACAAUCAUUGAUUGUGGAUCGUCUCAACUUUGUGUCGACGGAAAGUGUGUUGUGGAUAACGGACAUGGAGGACUCUGCUCAUCUGACGCCUACUGCCCGAAUGGAUUCAUUUGUAUCGAUGGAAAAUGCUCGGAAAGCAGACGUCGUUUUUCUUCUGCGGAACCAAAACCCUGCAGCACAAUCGCGUGUCUUAACAGAGAUAACAGACGUCGUUUCUCUCUCCCAUGCACUGCUCCAUGCGGCCCCGGUCAAAGAUGUAUCAAUGGAGUUUGUGUUGGAAUCGACAUGCUCCAUAACGGAUGGUAUUAA